CCGUCUUCCGUCCUAUUUCAAUUUCCAUCCCUACUUUUCUCUCCUGGAAAACGCAGUAACUGCCGUCGGAGACUCUGGCAAAUUUCUCUCUAUUUCCUCAAUGUUCGAAAUCUCUCCCAGAUUUUUCGUUCGAUUCCAGAAGACUUCUGUUCUACUCACCGCCGUUCCUCAACUCAAUCACAGAAGUCAAGGCCGGUCGUCGUAAAUGAGCGCAAGGAGACGAUCUCGACUUUGAUUGAGGUUUGAAUCAGAUAAAUCUUUAACUGAGCGUUAUGCUGAUGUAAUUUUUCCGACGAAAGUUAGAAACUCACUGGCUUCUGUCAUGGAAAGUGUCCGGCGAGGGGUUGAGAUGGGUUCUGAAAGGAUCAAAAGCUUCAGAAAACCUACGAACUUACAGUCUCCUCGUAACACGGCAGAAAAAGAUUCAGGUUCUUGGAAGAAAAUUCUUAAUCCACAGGGAUCUUUCCUUGAAAACUGGAACAAAAUAUUUCUCCUAGCCUGUAUAAUUGCUUUGGCACUGGACCCUCUUUUCUUCUACAUCCCAGUGGUUGUGAAUGAGGAAGCGCUAAAAUGCCUCGACCUGGAUGUACAUCUGGAAAAAAUUGCGUGUGUCCUUCGUACAUUCAUGGAUGCCUUCUAUAUAAUUCACAUGAUCUUUCAAUUCCGAACUGGGUUCGUUGCCGCUCCUUCUAGAGUCUUUGGUAGGGGUGACUUGAUUGUUGAUCCUUGGGCUAUUGCAAAGAGGUACUUGUUCACAUACUUCAUCAUCGACGUCCUGUCAACUCUUCCGCUUCCACAGCUUGUAAUUUUGCUUGUCAACCGUUCAUUGGAAGACCAGUGGCAGGUUACAUUAGUAACAAAGGAGUUGUUGAAAUACAUUAUUAUCUGUCAAUAUGUACCGAGAAUUCUUCGAAUUGUUCCCCUUUAUAUAGAAGUCACACGAACUUCAGGCAUUAUCACUGAAACUGCCUGGGCUGGAGCUGCUCUAAAUCUGUUCCUCUACAUGCUAGCUAGCCAUGUUCUUGGGGCCAUCUGGUACAUGAUUUCAGUAGAAAGACAAGAGCGGUGUUGGGGUGAUGUGACUAGGGAAUCUGGUUAUAACCGUAGUCUUUUCUACUGUGAUUAUUACAAAGACAAACCAUCAAACUCUACUUUGCUAAGUCUCCUGAAAACUUACUGCCCUUUGACCAAUCCUGAUAAUAUUACAGAUUCAAAAGUCUUCGAUUUUGGAAUAUUCAUUGAUGCACUCGAGUCAGAGAUUGUGGAAACUAAGUCUUGCCGUAAAAAAUUCUUUUACUGCUUCUGGUGGGGUUUGCGUAAUCUCAGCUCUGUAGGGCAGAAUCUGAAAACAAGCACUUUUGUUGGGGAGAUUGUCUUUGCUGUUGUCAUUUCCGUUGCUGGACUGGUUUUUUUUGCAUUACUUAUUGGCAACAUGCAGAAAUAUCUGCAGUCAACAGGAGUAAGGGUUGAAGAAAUGAGAGUGAAAAGAACAGAUGCAGAGCAAUGGAUGAAACAUAGAAUGCUACCGGAGAACCUAAGGGAAAGAAUCCGGCGGUAUCAACAGUAUAAAUGGCAACAAACCAGAGGGGUUGAAGAAGAGAGUCUAAUUAGUUGCCUUCCAAGAGAUCUCAGGCGAGACAUAAAGCAUCAUCUUUGCUUGGAUUUGCUCAUGAGAGUUCCCAUGUUUGAGAAAAUGGAUGAGCAGCUGUUAGAUGCAAUGUGUGAUCGUCUCAAACCGGUGCUUUACACUGAAAAAAGCUACAUUGAAAGGGAGGGGGAUCCGGUGGAGGAGAUGCUGUUUAUAAUACGAGGAAAUUUGGUCAGCACCACCACCAACGGUGGAAUAACUGGCUUCUUCAAUGCUGUUAAUCUGAAAGCCGGUGACUUUUGUGAAGAAGCACUUCUUACUUGGGCCUUGGAUCCUCAGUCCUCCUCUCAUCUACCCAUCUCCACCAGAACCUACCGGUGUCUCCAUAGCAAACAGCUCCAGCACAUUUUCAGAUUCUACUCCGUGCAGUGGAAGACAUGGGCGGCCAGCUUCAUACAGGCAGCCUGGCGGCGGUACUGCAGGAGGAAGUUUCUUAAAUUGUUACGGGAAGAGGAAGCUAGGCUGCAGAAUGCUCUGGCUGAUGACUCCGGCGUGAGCGUUGAUACCUCGAUUUACGUGUCGAGAUUUGCAGCCAAUGCGUUACGAAACUUGCGACAGGAUGAGGCUCCGACCCCCAGAAUACCGGAUGCAGUUAACAAUUUGCCAAUGGGAUACCCUGUGCUGCAACAGCCUUCAGUUCCUGCUCCUGGUCAACCACAUCUUGAUCCUAUGGGAAGUGGAAUAUCUAGCUGUCAUGUUGUCAAUGGAGUCCCUGCACCAGGCAAUUUCCAACCUAUGCAAAUGAAUUCUGGGAACGAGUGAGGACUUGACCUUUUUUCAUUCUCCUAAUUGAUUGCACAUUGAAUCUCCUCCAUUCAGUUAUACAAUUGUGAAGGCCCCUUUUGCAUCAAGCCAUCUGUUUAUUUAUUUCAAUUUGAUCAUAUGCAGUUGCUUAAUGAACAAUUUGGUGGCCC